GAAUAUCAAAUUGAUAUAUUUUUUGCCCAGACGUGGACAGAUAGCCGUCUUCGCUUCAACAGCACCAUGAAGAUACUGACUCUGAACAGCAACAUGGUUGGCUUGAUCUGGAUCCCAGACACGAUAUUUCGUAACUCAAAGACAGCAGAGGCUCACUGGAUCACCACCCCCAACCAGCUCCUCCGCAUAUGGAACGAUGGCAAGAUCUUGUACACCCUCAGGCUUACCAUCAAUGCUGAGUGCCAGCUGCAGCUGCACAAUUUCCCAAUGGACGAACACUCAUGUCCACUGAUAUUCUCUAGCUAUGGCUACCCUAAAGAGGAAAUGAUUUACAGAUGGAGGAAAAACUCAGUGGAGGCUGCUGACCAGAAGUCUUGGAGACUCUAUCAGUUUGACUUUAUGGGUCUCAGAAAUACUUCAGAAAUUGUGAAAACCUCUGCAGGUGAUUAUGUAGUCAUGACUAUAUACUUCGACUUAAGUAGAAGAAUGGGAUACUUUACUAUUCAAACAUACAUUCCCUGUAUAUUAACAGUUGUUCUUUCCUGGGUAUCCUUUUGGAUUAAAAAAGAUGCCACACCAGCAAGAACAGCAUUAGGCAUCACCACAGUAUUGACCAUGACAACUUUGAGUACCAUUGCGAGAAAGUCAUUGCCCCGCGUCUCCUAUGUCACCGCUAUGGAUCUGUUUGUGACUGUAUGCUUUUUAUUUGUCUUUGCUGCUCUGAUGGAGUAUGCAACCCUCAACUACUACUCAAGUUGCAGGAAACCAAACUGUACUAAGAAGAAAAAGUCGCUACCUGAUGUCAGUUUUGGUCAUGUGAUGAAUUAUUCUGUACUUGAUAUGAGACCACCAACUACAGUCAUCACAUUGAACAAUGCCAUGUAUUGGCAAGAAUUUGAAGAUGCGUGCGUCUAUGAAUGUCUGGAUGGGAAAGACUGCCAGAGCUUUUUCUGUUGUUACGAAGAGUGUAAAUCAGGCUCAUGGAGGAGAGGACGGAUUCACAUAGACAUCUUAGAACUGGACUCUUACUCCAGGGUCUUUUUUCCUACAUCCUUCCUGCUGUUCAACCUGGUCUACUGGGUUGGAUACCUCUAUCUUUAA